AUGGAGAUUCCAGAGCCUCUCUGGGCUCCUGUUCCAAUGUUCAGGAGUACUCCAGGUGUGGUGUCACAAGUGCCAAACAGAGAGGAUCACUUCCGUGUACUUGCAGGCUAUGCUCUUGCUAACACAGCUCAGGCUGAAGUUGUCCAUCUUUGGCUGGGCUUUCUUGUGUUUCUGAGGUACCAGAUCUAUUAUGGUUACCCUCUGCAGACAUACCUGGAAUAUCCCAUCAUCAUUGCACAAGAUGCCAUUCUCCUUUUGCUUAUUCUGCGUUUCAGUGGAAACAUGAAACGAGCUUUGUUCUAUGCAGUCACAUUCUGGGGGGGCUGGUACGUGCUAACACUGCGGAAGUGGAUAAUAGACCUGGCCAUGAAUUUGUGCACGUUCAUCAGUGCAGCCAGUAAGCUGGCUCAGCUGCAGUGUCUCUGGCAGACAAAAGAUUCCGGACAAGUGAGCGCCUUGACCUGGAGUAUGUCUGCAUAUACCUGUGCAACAAGAAUAUUUACAACUGUAAUGACUACGAAUGAUCUCGCAGUUCUCAUCCGUUUCAUAAUCAUGCUCAUUCUCAAUAUUUGGGUCACAGCCACUAUCCUGCACUACAGGAAAAUUAAAAAGACUGAUUAGAAGACACUCAUCAGCACAUAACAUAGCUACCAUCGAAAAACCCUGAUAUAAUUAAGCUUAAACAACAUAACAAAGGUUGAGGAGCUCUCUCUCUUAAGCAUAGUAUUUAUCCCUAAGCAUAAUUAGUAGUCAUGCUUAUUUUCUCAUAGAAAUAAUUCUGAUAAGAUACUUCAUUUAAGCAGCAUAUUUUUAUUGGUCAUUUAAGACAAGUUUCACUGGUAUCACAUUUUCUCUGGACUUUUUUUACUAAAUGAACAAGGUUAUUUCAUAUUCAGAUGUUUAUAUAUUAUCGUAUCACUUCAGUACUUUCUGGUUACAUUAAGCAACUUUCUUCAAUUAUACAAGAGUAAUUUUGCACCAACGUAUCAACUCGUCUUUCUGCAUCUGCUGUGAGUUUGAAAAACAACAGAUGUUUGUCGUCUUCUUGCAAGCAACUCAGUCAGACAUUAACUAUGUAUUUUAGGAUGAAGAAAAUUGGGAAUCAAGGCCCAAUCCAAAAUGAAGUUCUAAAUGUAUUUUACUAAGUCACAAAUCCAGUUGGGAUUGUAGUGCUUACAUGCGACACUUAAACAGUACAGUUUAUACAGCUGAUACAGGAUACCCAUGGCCACUUUCAAUAUACCUGCUUUUUAUUAGAAUAAGAGCAAAACCUCCACUAUGAAUUCUUUUUCAACCCAAGCUCUUAUUCACUGAACAUACUGUUUUGGGAGCAGCAGAGACUAUAAUAUAUAGGAAUCAAUGAAACUCUGACCAAUCAGAGUUCCCGAACUGACACCCAGACUCCCCAAAUGCAAUCCCUACCGACAGUGACUGUUUACAUGUCCAGCCUGGGGCGUCACAGCAGACUUAUCUCAAAUGGUUAUCAGUUUGUGAUGAUACCGCUCUGUGCUUUCUUAGUUUUUAGCUUGUCUGUGCUAAGUGUGCUGAAAAACAUAAAAGACUUCACUUAAAUUUCUACUUUGGAGACUAAUUUGCAGUAAGUGUAUCAAAAAGGGAAAAGGAUAUUCUUGAGAACUAUUAGCAAAGGGUUUUGCUUUUAGAAAUAAUGCCUUUCCACCCAGAAGUUACAGCAGUAAUCAUAUAGUUUGCCUUCAAUUCUCAUUACGUUCUCCAAAAUGAAGAGACACCUUUUCAAGAGUUAUUACGGUAGUGUCACUGUUAAAACCAAGGCACCCUUGGUUCUGACACUCUUGAAAACUACGGGAAAACUGCAUUGACAACAUUUGAGGCAGGUUUUCCUUGCCAUGUGCUAAGUCACUGGACUCUUGUGGAAGAGUGGGAUCUGCAAAAGCAGAUGUUUCCACCAGUGUACACUCAGCAGUCAGACCGAGACCUUCACCGUCAGAAAACAGCUGCUUUUUAAACUCUGAUUUUAGUGUGGGAAGGGGUGGGAAGAGGUAUGUCUGUGGACAUAAGAUUUCAUGUAUCUCACAUUAUUGAGAGCAAGUUCAAAGAUGAGGCUUUUUUACUGCUUUAAUAAAAUGUAUAAAUGUUUCUCUGUUGGUUGAGAGAGUAACUGUAAACAUGCUGUUACUGAUUUUACUAAAGUUGUGUAAAAUAUCUGAAGUGGUAUAAAUGGUGGCAAGGGGGCAUGUGAUACAUUUUCCAGGUCAUAUUAAUAAAUACUAUUCUUCAUGAUUGAUUAAUGUCAUUCUUACAGUUAAUUUUAAUUACAUUUAAUUUUUUUAUUCUGUUUCCAUAUAUGGA